AUGCCAGAAAAGGACGAAAGAAACUUGAGACUGAACAGUGGUCACUCGACACCAGAGAGACAAACAAAUCCCACAGCACCAGAUCUGGAAGCUUGCCAACCUCUAUUAUCGCGGAGCUCGACCCUGCAGGGCUCCAAUGGAGGUCAAGAUACACCAAUAUUCACAUCAGACAAGGGUGAGGCGCGGAGAAGAUCCUGGUCACAUUGGUCCUUCAGUCUCGAUGCAAGAAUUGUCUCCGAUGCCAUACUAGGACUGUCCGAUGGCCUUACCGUGCCUUUCGCCCUCACGGCAGGGUUGACAGCUUUGGGGGAUACCAAGUUCGUCAUUUUGGGAGGCCUGGCCGAAUUGAUUGCUGGGGCUAUAUCGAUGGGGCUUGGAGGAUAUGUCGGUGCCAAAAGCGAGGUUGAUUCAUAUGAAGCCACAGAUCGCAAAUGCAAUAAGAUGAUGCUGCACGAUUCCAGCACGGCAACAGACUGUGUUCAGGAGUACUUUGAACAGUUCGGCCUCUCCCCCGAAGAGACGAAAAGAGUAGCCGAUCAUAUCAAAGCAUCGACACCAAUGUUCAAAGAUUUCCUGAUGCAGAAUCAUUUCCAAGCGCCCAAGCCUGAUACUAGUCGACCUUACCUUUCGGCACUUACUUUGGGGAUAAGUUACUUCAUCGGCGGAUUUGUUCCCCUAAUUCCGUAUUUUCUUGUGGCAAGGGACGACGUCUGGGCCGGGUUGCUGUGGUCCAUUGGAGUCAUGGCGGUGGUCUUACUCAUUUUCGGUUAUGUCAAGACUGGAGUGAUCCGUGGUUGGACUGGAAGAGAGAACUACCAAGCUUGUACCGGAGGAGCGGUACAAAUGCUGGUAGUGGGUGUCAUUGCAGCAGGCGCUGCGGUCCUGCUUGUUCGGUUAAUCAACCAGGAAUGA